GAUAUGGGCGCAAAACGGGCAUCUAAAGCCAAAAAACUCCACGCUUUCAGUCUUAAAACAGCCGCCGAAUUGGACGUAUGGUUGUGGGCGCAUUUUCUUACUUUUUCCGCAUUUCACACACAAAAAAAAAAGAUAAAUAAAUAAAAUUAAAUUAAAUUUUUGCUGUCUCCAAGAAUCUAAAAUAGAGUAACGUCUCAAAGAAGUCUAGUUCGUGUGCCUAGGUGGUGUUCAGGUGGUGUGUAUGUGUCCUUAAAGAAAAAAAGAAAGAAAAGUGCGCUAGACGGGGAUAAAUUUAGUGCUACAAAAAAAAAAAAAGAAAAAAAAAGGAAAAGAAGGAAAAUUGAAAAGAAAUCGUUGUGGCAGAGAAAUGCUGGAAAUGUCAACGCUCUUUGGUGAUCUGAAUGAUGGUGAUCCAUCGGGUAAUCUUGAGGAUCAACGAGCCCUUCAGUUGGCCUUUGAAUUGUCCAUGUUGGGUCUGUCGGAUACGUUUCCGCCCACGGACAAUCACCUGGCACAACAACCAUCUCCACCUCCAUUGGCACCUCAGGCAGCCUUUGCAGCCGCCUUCCAGAUGCCACCGCCCCUGGAUGAGCGCUUCAAAAAAUCCCAAAAUAUGACUGAAUGUGUUCCUGUACCAAGUUCUGAGCACGUUGCUGAAAUUGUUGGGAGACAGGGCUGUAAGAUUAAGGCGUUGCGGGCCAAAACGAAUACCUACAUCAAGACCCCUGUUCGCGGGGAGGAACCUGUUUUUGUUGUGACGGGCCGAAAGGAAGAUGUAGCCAAGGCAAAACGUGAAAUACUGUCAGCUGCUGAACAUUUCAGUCUGAUCCGAGCAUCUAGAAAGCCAUCAGCUGCUGUUGUAGGGGCCAAGGGAACACCUCUUGGUCCAGCCAUCAAUAUUCCAGGACAUGUGACAAUUCAGGUGAGAGUGCCAUAUCGUGUUGUGGGCCUAGUUGUUGGGCCCAAGGGGGCCACCAUAAAGCACAUUCAACAGCAAACACAUACGUACAUUGUGACACCGUCACGUGACAAAGAGCCAGUUUUUGAGGUGACAGGCCUUCCGGAUAGUGUUCAGGCGGCUAGACAUCAAAUUGAAGCCCACAUUGCCUUGCGUACGGGCCAAACGAAUGGUCUUGGUGGUUUAUUGGGUGAUGAUCCAGCACCAGAACUGCUUGCAUCACUCUACAAAAAUGGUCUUGGUUCACUGUUUGGCUAUCUGGAGGGACAGAGUGUUCAAGAGGCGUCUGCAUCAACGUCAUCAGCUGCUUCAACGGCCAGUUCGAAAUCGGGACCGGUGACAAGGCCCGAACUGAUCAAUAUCUGGAAGAAUUUAUCAUCUGGCGAGAGUAUUGACUUCGAUGAAGGACUCGGAGACUCACCUAGCAUCUGGUCAAUGCAACCGUCAUCUCUUCUGGAAUCCAGGGGUUGCAGGUCAUCACCAUCGGUAUCUGCCAGUCCAACGGACAGCCUACUAAGUGGGGCUCCCCUGGCCAAACGAGAGUGCCUGAUGUGCGGUGAUAAGGAAGUGACUGGAGCUCUUGUUCCCUGUGGUCACAAUAUGUUCUGCCUGGAAUGCGCCAAUCGGAUCUGUGCACCUGGCGAUGCCCUAUGUCCCGUCUGCAGUCAGGCCGUCAGUCAGGCCAUUCGGAUUAUAGCCUAGACCACUGACAAAAAGCAAAAAGCAAAAAAAAAAACAUGGGAAUUGUCAGCCAACUAGGAUAGAGGUUUCAAUUGGGCCACCCACACAACGAAAUAACUAAAAAAAAAAAUAAAAAUAAAUAAAUAAAUGACACCACUGAAGGCUGAGAACUAAAUUAAAAAAAAUAAA